UUGGGUUUACGGAGGCAGUGUAUACGUGUGACGACAGCCAGUAGCACACAUGGGGGUUCUGAUUGAAGUGACGUCUAGCAGUCACUAAUGCCACCUUCCCAAAUUACCAGCUUGAUUAUCUAAACCCGAAAACUCACCACCAAAACAUGGGCCUAAUGUGGCACCUUAGCCCCUUUAUUGCUGACGAACUGGCUUGAAAACAUUUACAGCACGAAUGUCACCCUGCCAACAUGAAAGCCACAUAGCCUCACUGCCUUCCUUGAGGUCUGCCUCCUGUGACCCUGGUGGCUGUCCACACUCCUCUGCUUGUGUGAGUGCCACCUGACCUGCAGGGACUGCGCCCCCUUCCUUCCUCUUGGCUCUUCAUUCGUGCCAUUCAGACUCCAGCUCUCGCAGGACUUCGGAGCAGUGAAUGGAUGGUUUCUUACAGGCCCUCAAAGUGCCAUGAGGAAACAAUCGAGGAAAGUACCCCAGUAGUUGACCAUGGCAGACUCAUUGCAGGACAGAAGCACCCAUGCCAGGCGGGCAGAGCCUCUUCCCUAGAGCCGAGUAGGCUCAGACCUUUGUGUGUCACUGUUCCUCCCCGCGUAGUACACCAGUGCUGGAGAGGGGCUCUGGGCACACACUUAGUUGUGGGCCCAUGCUGGAUCUCAGUAGACAUCCUGGGAGUUCCUCCCCAGAAGCUGGCUUCCAGCUCAGGACACCCAGUGCUGAAGGAGAUGGGGCCUGCGCUUUGUAGAAAGGGAGGGAGGUUUGGCAAAGCCAGUGGGGAGAGAGGCCCUGCCCACUGAAUGAGAUGCAGUGAGAGGGACCCAGAGGAACUCUCAGAAAUCUCAAAAUGCCCCACAGAGAAGUUGAAAGAUCCAACAGGCCCGAGAAUGACAGAUCUACUUGUAUCUUCCAGGAACCCCUCUGGCCUCUCUGGAGUCCUCCUUGCCUGGAAACGGGCAGCAGUGGAGGAGGGGAAGGAGGGAGCCCUGUCCUUCUCCAAAGGCCUCGGCCCUGGGACUGGCCCUGCAGGGAGAGAUGUCUUUCUUCCAGGGACCCAUCCUUCCUCCUCAAGGUUGCGGUACCGGAUGUGCAGUUUGGCCCCAUGAGAUUUCACCAGGAUCAGCUUCAGGUACUUUUAGUGUUUACCAAAGAAGACAACCAGUGUAAUGGGUUCUGGAGGGCAUGUGAGAAAGCCGGGUUCAAGUGCACAGUCGUCAAGGAGGCACAGACUGUGCUGUCCUGCUUCCUGGACAAACACCAUGACAUCAUCAUCAUUGACCACAGAAACCCCCGGCGGCUGGACGCGGAGGCACUGUGCAGGUCUAUCAGAUCAUCAAAACUCUCAGAAAACACGGUUAUUGUUGGUGUAGUAUGCAGGACAGACAGAGAGGAGCCGUCUGUACGGCCCUUCAUUGCUGCCGGCUUUACGAGGAGAUACGUAGAAAACCCCAGCAUGAUGGCCUGUUACAAUGAGCUGCUGCAGCUGGAGUUCGGAGAGGUGCGGUCCCAACUGAAGCUCAGGGCUUGUAACUCAGUAUUCACUGCUUUAGAGAAAAGCCAAGAAGCCAUUGAGAUUACGAGUGAGGACCAUGUCAUCCAGUAUGCAAAUCCUGCGUUUGAAAUGACAAUGGGGUACCAGUCCGGUGAGUUAGUGGGGAAGGAGUUGGAAGAAGUGCCAGCCAACGAGAAAAAGGCCGACUUGCUGGAUACCAUAAACUCAUGCGUCAGGAUAGGCAAGGAGUGGCAAGGAGUUUACUACGCCAAAAAGAAAAAUGGAGAUAAUGUACAACAGAAUGUGAAGAUAAUACCUGUCAUUGGACAGGGAGGAAAGAUUAGACACUAUGUGUCCAUUAUCAGAGUGUGCAAUGGCAGCAACAAGGCUGAGAAAAUACCUGAACGGGUUCAGCACGACAGUCAAACAGAUAAUCAGACAAGCAAGUACAAAGACAGGAGGAAAGGCUCGCUGGACGUCAGAGCUAUUGCCUCUCAAACAAGUGAAGCUUCCAGCCAGAGGCGACACUCCUCCUUGGCCAGGAUACAUUCUAUGACCAUCGAGGCACCCAUCACCAAGGUGAUCAACAUCAUCAAUGCUGCCCAGGAGAGCAGUCCCAUGCCUGUGACCAAAGCCCUGGACCGCGUGCUGGAGAUCCUGAGGACCACCGAGCUGUACUCACCGCAGUUCAGUGCCAAGGAGGAAGAUCCUCACGCCACGGACCUGGUUGGGGGUUUGGUGUCCGAUGGUUUGCGAAGAUUAUCAGGGAAUGAACACGUUCUUGGAACAAAAAACCUUCACGGGGUUUCAAGCAGUGUCAUCUCCCUUCGUGACGUCCCCUCCCGGAUAGCACAGGCCAUGGAAAACGAAGAACACUGGGACUUUGAUAUUUUUGAACUGGAGGCUGCCACCCACAAGAGGCCUCUGGUUUAUCUCGCUCUCAAAACGUUUGCUCGCUUUGGGAUCUGUGAAUUCUUAAACUGCUCAGAGUCGACAAUGAGGUCCUGGCUGCAGGUUAUCGAAGCCAGUUACCAUCCCUCCAACCCCUACCACAACUCCACGCAUUCUGCUGACGUGCUCCACGCCACUGCGUACUUCCUCUCCAGGGAGAGGAUAAAGGAGACCUUAGAUCCCAUGGAUGAGGUGGCCGCCCUUAUCGCAGCCACCAUUCACGAUGUGGAUCACCCCGGGAGAACCAACUCCUUCCUGUGCAACGCGGGCAGCGAGCUGGCCAUUCUGUACAACGACAUCGCCGUGCUGGAGAGCCACCACGCGGCCUUGGCCUUCCAGCUGACCGCCAGAGACGAGUGUAACAUCUUCAAGAACAUGGAGAGGAGCGACUACCGCAUGCUCCGUCAGGGUAUCAUCGACAUGGUCUUAGCCACAGAAAUGACAAAGCACUUUGAGCAUGUCAACAGAUUUGUCAACAGUGUCACCAAGCCCUUGGCAGCACUCGAGGAAAAUGAGGAAAUGAAUAAAGACCAGGAGGCCAUCGCCACCAUGCUCAGGACCCCGGAGAGCCGGACUCUGAUCAAGCGGAUGCUGAUCAAGUGCGCCGAUGUGUCCAACCCCUGCCGCGCCCUGGACCACUGCCUCGAGUGGGCCGCCCGCAUCUCCGAGGAGUACUUCUCCCAGACGGACGAGGAGAAGCAGCGGGACUUGCCCGUGGUCAUGCCAGUCUUUGACAGAAACACCUGCAGCAUCCCUAAAUCCCAGAUCUCCUUCAUUGACUACUUCAUCACGGAAAUGUUUGACGCCUGGGAUGCUUUCGUGGACCUGCCUGACUUGAUGCAGCACCUUGACGACAACUUCAAUUACUGGAAGAGGCUGGAUGAGCUGGAUCUGCGGAGCCUCCGGCCGCCUCCCGAGUAGCACGGGACCCGAGAGGGCUCCUGCUCGUCAGUUCCAGGGCUCAUCUGCAGGCUGUGACAGCUCACAGGGCAUCGGGAACCUUCUGUGACCACCAGCAAGGGUUGGCGCAGAGGCUGUCCAGGGAGGCACCUGAGAACGGUUUGCCUGUCAACGUGGGCCUGCAGAGGGGACCAGUGCGUUCCCGCCAGCAAAUUUCUCCAUUAUGGUGAGCACUGAAACGGCUCCUGGCAAUCUGUCGGUCCUUAGCAACUUUUCACUCUGGAACACUGCUGAAAGGGACCUCUCGUUUCAAAUUGACAGCAAAUAAAAUACCAAGAAAUUUUGAAGUUGAUUAAUAUCAAUUAUUAAAAUGUUUUAUUUAUUUUAUUAGAAGCUCAAUAUUUUUAUGAAUUUAAAAAUACGUCAAAGCCAAUGGCCAAAUUUACAUGGUUCAUAUUCAUUAAAUAUGCACUUUUUUGCAUAAUGCAAAUUAAAACAUAAAAUGACAUUUCUACUGCACUAUAGAAACGAUUGACGCCAGCAGGAAAGGCACUGUCUGGUGUGCUCUGCAGGUGGACUCCCCAGGGAAGAAUUAGAACUUGACCAUGUUUGCUACGAUUUUAUACUGUUUCUAUAAAAUAUUUCCCACACAGAGCAAACAUGGACUACUUAAUGGAUCGACACUGUUACAACCAACCUGUUUUCAUCUGCAGUAGGGAUCAUUAAUUUCAGAAAUUUAUAAAGGUCUGUAUCGUCACAUUUCAAGUAAGCAUAAUAAAUACCAUUAAAAAAAGACACUUGACAUGUUAGUGUUGGUUUCAUUUUAAACUUGUAUUUU